ACUUGGAGGAGUUGCAGUAUCUCCCUUCCAUAUUUUGCUGAAGUCUUCCCAUUCGCUCAAACACGCAAGCAAAGUGAAGGGUUUUAUUCACUGUGCAUCUGAGGCUGAGCGUGGCAUCAUGAAAGGCUGCAUGACGUUGGUUUUGUGUGUGGCAGCACUGAUUGCAGCAGUGUACACUACAGAUGCCAAGGAGUUAUCCAUCACCACUAUAAAGCAAGAGCCGUAUACCAUGCCCAGUGGCUCUGAUCUGGAGGGCUACUGCAUUGACCUGAUAUCUGAACUCUCAAAGAAGCUGGGGUUCAGGUACAAAAUCCAUCUGGUGAAGGACAGCCGCUAUGGCUCAAUGGAUUCCAGUGGGAACUGGAACGGCAUGAUUGGUGAGGUGAUCCGAGGGGAGGCUGACCUGGCUGUGGCCCCGCUGACCCUCACAGCCGUCAGAGAGCAGUUUGUGGAGAUGACCACGCCCUUCAUGCAAACAGGAAUCGGCUUCAUCCUGCGCAAAGACUUGACAUCUGAGGAGAGUCACUUCAGCUUCCUCUCCCCUUUCUCUACCGACAUGUGGGUGGGCAUCCUUAUUGCAUUCCUGCUAACUGGCCUCAGCAUCUUUUUGGUAGCCAGGAUCAGUCCUACUGAAUGGGCUGAACCAGAGACAGAGGAACAUGCCUUCACCUUGAUGCACAGUUUCUGGUACAUCACUGGAGCUCUCACCCUGCAAGGUGCUGGUCCUCACCCAAAAGCCUUGUCUGGACGUGUAAUUAUCGCCAUCUGGUGGGUGUUUGCUAUACUCCUGCUGGCCUGUUACUUUGCCAACUUCAACUCCAUGCUGCACUCUGAUACCAAGCAUGCCUCCAUCAAGAGCUUUGAAGACCUUGCCAACCAGGAUGUUAUAGAUUAUGGUACAGUUGAGGCCGGUUCCUCAAUGUCUUUCUUCAAGAAUUCCAACAAUCCUGUGUAUCGGCGAAUCUACCAGCAUAUGGAGCGAAAGAAAACUUAUGUACCCAACAUGGAGGAGGGUAUUCGCCGUGCCCAAGAAGGAAACUUUGCCUUUAUCGGUGAGGCAGUGUCCCUGGACCUGGCUGUGGCCCGCUACUGUAAACUGACCCGUUCUCAGGAAGUCAUUGCUAUGAGAGGAUACAGCAUUGCAGCACCUCUGGGUUCCCAACUAGUAAAAAACCUGACAGUGGCCAUCCUCCAGCUGAGUGAGUCUGGUGAGCUAACCUACCUGAGGAACAAAUGGUGGGCCAACAGCUGUGUGGGGAGUGAUGGAGGGGAGACUUCCGAGGCCCUUCAGCCCCAUGACUUACGGGGCCUUUUCCUCCUUCUGGGCAUGGGUCUCGGCCUGGGGGUCCUGCUGGCCCUACUGGAACUUGUAUCAAAGGCCCGCAACCAAGCUAAGGAUGGCAAGAAGUCAUGCUGCUCGGCAUUGACAAAAGAACUAAACCGGCGUUUUGGCAGUGGAGCAGAGAGCACAGACCAAGAGACCUCAGACAAAAACAAAGCUUAAAGGCAGUGUUUACAGGCAAGCUGAAAACAUGAUAGUGACAGAGAAGGGAAUAACCUUGGAUGCCUGUGUCAAGAACUUAGUUCCAAUUCCAACAAAUAGAAAGCAAUCUAUGUUUUUUGAGUAAUAACCAUGCCAUUCUGUUGUUCAGUUGCAAGAUUUAUGUUUUGUAUCACUUCCAGGAAAGGCUGGUGACCACAUGGAACACAUGAAGUAGCAUUUCCUACUUUAACUACAACAUAUUAUGUCACUGUAUAAACAGCAACAGACCGCAGGACUUGGGGCUUCAAUCUGCAGUACUACUAAUCUGAUCAGAUUUAUUUAGUGAUGACUUUUGUGGUAUCAAAUAUGCACCUCUCAUCCAUGUUAUGAUCCCCUUUCACCUACUAACUGACAUAUCUUGUAUAAUAAUUGUGUUUCACUUUAACCUUUGUGUCUCCUAAAUAAAUCCUUCAAUAUCCUGA